AUGUCUUCUAUCAAAUCUAUAGAAAAUCUCCCGAACGAACUCGUUGAAAGCAUAGUCGAUUAUGCAGUCGAAUGCGAUCGUUUUUCAUGCGAAUACCAUAUUCAAGGUCCACGGAAACGUCAGCUUAUGCAAAUAGCAUUUUCAUGCAAGAAAUUGUGUCGAGCUGCUUUAAAGAUUUUAUGGAGAAAUAAAUUUGACGGGGACUUUAACUUGGCGUCCUUAAAACUUUUGUUGGGAUGUCUGUCAACGGAAACCAAACAAUUACUGUCGAUAGACGAUUCCACUCCCGCCAUGCCAUAUGACACAUUCAUAAAUUCGAUUUCGCUUGAAAAGUUAUUCCGCUAUGUCGAUGAAUGGCUCGAAAAACAGGGAAACAGCCAGCUUGAAAAGCGGAAAGAAGUUGCGCGUGAAUUACUUAGAUUAUUCAAGUCAAAUGAAGAACCUCUGGAGAAACUCCGAUGCGUCGGGUUUCAUGAAAACAGAGUAUGGGUCACGAAUUACCAAGUCAUCCUUGAACCCGAGUUCAACCAGUGGAUUGAAAAUAUACAUAUUCUGGACAUCCGAGGAACUUUCGAUUUUACCGACUUGGUAGAUACACUGGUCAGCAUGUGUACAAACAUUUCUAGCGUCACAUUCAGUUUCUAUUGCUUUGGUACAACACCCUUUGUUAAAAACAUAACAACGGCUCUGAAACUGAUAGAAGCUCAACAAGCGCUACGCGUUCUUUCCUGGAGUGGCAUACAGGGAAUGCAGAGAAACCGUGAGGAUUCUGCGGAGGAGAAUGAGCGUGCUAUCUAUGGCAAUGAUCCUACAGAAAUCCUUGCCAACUUGGUUAGACACAGGUUUACUCUCAGAGAGCUUCGGCUGGCGCAUAUGGAUUUUACAAAUAUUGAUUUAUUGGGAGAACUGGCGCUUUGCCAGAAUUUACAACUCCUUACUUUUGAAUAUUGCAGCAACAUCCGUGCUAGAGCGAUCGAACCAAUGAUGAACGAAGCGUAUGCAAGUUUGGAGAAGAUUGAAAUAAUUAAUUGUGUAGACUUUCAGGCAAUGGAAGAUUUCGCGCGAGAUAGAGGAGUCUUGCAAAAUAAUCGGGACUCGUCGGAUGAUAAUUCUGACAUGUGGAGUUAA